GCAGCCACUUGUCAAACUCAGCUUCAAAGGUGACAACAACCACCGCUGCCACCUUGGUGGAUGCUGCCAAUUCGAGCGACUAUGUGUACGAGUACUUGGAUGAGGAGGAUUACAUGCAGUAUAGCCUCUGUACGAAAGAAGAGGUGCUCUCCUUCAGCAGAGUAUUCUUGCCGUCUUUUUACACCGUGGUCUUCCUGGUUGGGUUGGCUGGGAAUGUCCUCCUGUUUAUUGUCCUCAUUAUGUACAUCAAGAAGAAAAGGAAGAUGACUGAGGUGUAUCUGCUGAACUUGGUGGUUUCAGACUUCUUCUUGCUACUAACCCUUCCUUUUUGGGCUCUGUACAUUUCUCGGUGGGUGACCUGGGACAUAUUGUGCCCGGUCUUAAAUGCCAUGUACACUGUGAAUUUCUACAGUGGGGUCUUUUUUGUGAGCUGCAUGAGUCUAGACAUGUAUCUGCAGAUAGUUCAUGCUUGUUCUCCUCGCAGCAACAUGGCAUGGAGGAUGUCCAUCCUCGUCUUGGUGGUGGUAUGGCUCCUUUCCAUACUUCUCUCCAUUCCUGAUGGCCUCUUCAGCAGCACAAGGCAAAUCCACAACAAAACCAUCAUAUGCACCCAUGAUUAUGGCCAAGAACACUUAUUUUGGAAGGUUGUCUUUCGGGUCAUUCAAAACAUCCUGGGUUUCCUUUUUCCCUUCCUCUUCAUGAUCUUCUGCUAUUCCCGCAUAGCAUGUGUCCUCGCUGUGUCUCAGAUGCCUGGCUCAAGGAGAGCGCUCUGCUUAGUCUUUACUCUGGUGGGUGUCUUCUUUGUCCUGUGGUCCCCUUACAACAUUGUCCUCAUCCUUCACUCCCUGCAAGAUGCUGGUGUGAUCAGGAGCUGUGAAAGCAAUAGGCAGUUGGACUAUGCCAUGCUGAUCACGGAGAGUUUGUCCUUUGUCCACUGCUGUCUCAACCCCUUGCUCUAUGCUUUUGUGAAAAAACGAUUCAGGUUAUAUUUAUGGAAGAUCCCUCGGGCCAUUUGCAGGAGAAGUGCUUUCUUUGACAUCCAGCCCCCAGAGAGUAGCCAGUCUUGCAGCAGAUACGCAGCUGACAUAGAAAUGUUGAGUAUGACAAAUGCAUGA